AUGCCCACAUGUCAUGAAGGAGAAAAUGUAUCAUUAGCUCGUACGUCAACAGACAGGGAAGGUGAGCCUAGAGAGCACCAGGAACGUCUUGUUCGUGAAGUUGAGAAGCGACAAGACGGAAAAACCCACAUCGCUGAGCAGAAACAAAUCCGUGAGGAGCAGGAACGACAAGUUAAAAUCAAUGCAACGCAUCCGAAAAAAGAACAAAGGAUUUUCAAAAGAUCAAAUCAACAAAGUAACUUGAAAGUGAUUGUUUGGCUGAAAAACAAAGAGAAUGAAGAGAAUUUGAAAUUAGAAGAUAUGCAACUUCAAAUUGGAUAA